UCAUUGAAAAGAGGCGCGUCGCCCCACUCCAAUGUUAUUAGUAGCUUUGUGUAGAGUCGCUAACACCUCCGCAUGAAAACUAGUGAAGUUCGAGGCGCGGUGGGAUUUACCUAAAAUGGCUGACACUACAAGCAAGGGUGGUGAAAUAAAUUCAGGUUUUGUAAACACAGAACCGCCACCUUUGAGUCCACCAAACUUUAGUGAAUUAAAUAAUGGAUCUCCGGAACCUAAGCGCUCUAAGGAACAUGACUCUCUGCCACCCGUACUUAAAGUGCCAAUAGAAGAAACGAAAGAAAAAUUGAAAAAUGACGAUCCGGAAAAUGAUGAGCCUGAAAGGGUUAUGUGGGGAAAUCAAAUCGAGUUCCUUAUGUCCUGUAUAGCCACAUCAGUGGGCCUCGGCAAUGUGUGGCGAUUUCCCUUCAUUGCCUAUCAAAACGGCGGUGGAGCUUUUCUUAUUCCAUACCUUAUAGUACUUAUAUUAAUAGGAAAACCUAUGUAUUAUAUCGAAGGGGUACUUGGACAAUUCAGUAGUAGAAACACAGUGAAAGUCUGGUCGAUGGCUCCUGCGAUGAAAGGAACCGGGUAUGCACAGUCGUUGGCAUGUGGAUAUAUUCUUUCCUAUUACGUAUCUAUCAUUGCCUUAUGUCUAUACUAUUUGGCUAUGAGCUUCCAGUCAACAUUGCCAUGGGCUGUUUGCGAACCCGACUGGAAUAAUUGUGUGCCUUCUGGAGCGACAGAAAAUAUCACCCUAACUGAAAAUUCGACUAGUAGCGCUGAACUAUAUUUCGUACGAACGGUACUACAACAAAGCGAUGGAAUUGAAGGUGGUCUGGGAUUGCCUAUAUGGUACUUAACCGUCUGUCUACUAGCUUCAUGGCUUUUAAUCUUUAUCAUCGUAUCCAGAGGUGUCAAAAGUUCGGGAAAAGCUUCUUACUUCCUCGCGAUCUUUCCUUAUGUCAUCAUGAUCAUUCUUCUUAUCAGUACGGUUAUCCUACCUGGAUCUGGCCAAGGUAUUCUUUUCUUCAUAACACCACAGUGGGACAAGUUACUUGAACUUAGCGUGUGGUAUGCAGCCGUGACGCAGGUGUUCUUCUCGUUGACAGUAUGUACAGGACCAAUCAUCAUGUUCUCUUCAUAUAAUGGUUUCAAACAAAACGUUUACAGGGACGCCAUGAUCGUUACAACUCUAGACACGUUUACAAGUUUGCUCUCUGGUAUCACGAUUUUCGGUAUCCUGGGUAACUUGGCGUAUGUUUUGGAUAGAGAAGUUAUGGACGUAGUCGGAUCUGGAGGCACCGGUCUUGCUUUCAUUUCCUAUCCUGACGCCAUCGCUAAAACUUUCCAACCACAGUUAUUCUCAGUUCUCUUCUUCUUGAUGAUGGCAGUUUUAGGAAUAGGAUCUGCUGUGGCAUUGCUUACUGCCGUGAAUACUAUCCUGCUGGACGCUUUUCCUCGCGUGCCCACUAUCUACAUGUCAGCACUUUCUUGUGUUGGUGGUUUUGGCAUCGGACUUAUAUAUGUUACACCUGGCGGUCAAUACAUAUUAGAGCUUGUUGAUCACUAUGGUGGAACAUUCUUUGUACUCUUCUGUGGUAUCGUUGAAAUUAUUGGCGUAUUUUGGAUUUAUGGUCUUGAAAAUAUUUGUCUCGAUAUAGAGUUCAUGUUGGGUCUUAAGACAUCUAUAUAUUGGCGUUUCUGCUGGGGUUUCAUAACGCCAGCUAUGAUGAUGAUUGUAUUCGUUUACGCUCUUUUAUCGUUUGAAGCUUUAGUGUUUGGAGGAUAUUAUUAUUAUCCAACACUGGGAUAUGUUGCCGGAUAUAUAAUUUUAUUCACGGGAAUUUUGCUGGUUCCUCUAUUCAUCCUUACAACCAUGUACAAAUACAGAAGCGCCGGUAGAUUUAUCGAUAUACUAAAGAAAUCUUUUAGUUCUAAAUCAUCGUGGGGUCCACGUUCAAUGAAAACUCGAAGAGAAUGGCAGCUGUUCAAAGAAAAUGCUAAAAUGGAGCAACAAAUAAUGAGAACCUCUUGGUUUAAACACAUUUGGUUCAGUUUAACGGGUGGAUACAGACGUGGAAAGUGAUUUGUAAUGAUUUGUCAGCUUAUGUAUUUGUAAUUUAUAAAUUAUUAUAGAUUAGAAAUAUUGAAGCAUGUACUAGAUGAUCUGGAGCUAGGUAUGAAAAUAUUUAAUAUUACGAUAUGUAAGGUUACAUUUACGUAAAGGUCAAAACACGUAGUUUUAUUAAUCUCGUCAUUAUUGUUGUAAGUAGUUUAGACUACAUAA